AUGAUCUCAGAUCUAAGCUCAGAGGCGUCAGUCUCAGCGACGCAAGUGUUGCUAGCUGCCUGCGGUCUCGCCGUUGCCUACGUUGUGGUAACGGCUUUCAUUCUGCCGUUCCUUUCUCAUCAAGGCAAAUACUGGAGCACGCAGUCAUGGGUCGGACUGCAGAAGCAGUGGUUCGCCAGGUAUCGAGCCGGGGCCAACGCCGUCAAGAAUACGAGGAAUAUGGUUAUCGAGGGCUAUGAGAAGUUCUCAAGGAAUAACAAGACAUUCGUUCUUCCCCAGUUCAGCACCAGGCCGCUUCUGAUCUUGCCAGCGAACAAGUUGAACGAGUUUCUGAGCCUUCCAGACGACAGAGUCGAUCCUCUGCUGCCCAACCAAGAGUCCAUUGCUACUGAAUAUACCGUCGGAUCAGACAUCAGCCAUGGCCCACACAUCGAUAUUGUCCGUCGACAGCUAACGAGGCGGUUACCGCUCCUGACCACGGACGUCUACGAAGAACUCGUCUUCUCGAUGAAAGAUAACUGGAACGCCGACCAGCACGACUGGACGACUGUCAAGGCCUACGACACCUGUCAGAAGAUUGUCAGUCGAGCAGCGAAUCGUGUGUUUGCUGGCACUGAGCUGUGCCGCACGCCUGAAUUCCUUGAGCAUUCUCGACUUUAUGCUGUGGCUGUCUUCAGGACUGGAGGAAUCAUGAGAUUGUUUCCGAAGCCGUUACAUCCGAUCAUUGCACCGAUCUUUCAGCGAGAAAUUAGAAAGCAUCUAAACAUCUGCAAGAGGCUUGCGCUGCCGAACAUUCGGGAGCGGUUGGCACAUAUCCAGAAUACCCAGAAAGACUCGACGUACAAGGCACCAGUAAGGGCGCAGGCCGAUGCACUGCAGUGGAUGCUUGAAGAUCUCAACGAGCUUGCGAAGAAGGAUCCGUCCGAGCUUGACGAGCACAAGAUCGUCCGCCGCUUGCUCCUCCUCAACAUGGUCGCCAUUCAUACCACCAGCAUGGUAACUACCAACACCCUCCUCGACCUAUAUAGUUCCCCGGACAAGGAGGAAUACGUUUCUGGCCUCCGCGAAGAAGUCGAGCGUGUCCUUCGCGAGAGCGGCGGUGAAUGGACCAAAACCGCCAUCAACUCGAUGUACCGCAUCGACAGCGCCAUCCGCGAAUCAAUGCGGUACUCUGACCUCGGCGACGUGGGCAUGCGCAGAGAAGUCAUCGACCCCAAAGGCAUUGACCUGAGCGGCGGCAUCCACAUCCCCUACGGCGUCCGUAUCGCCGCGCCAAACCACACCAUUCAUCGUGACUCUGCUUUCUACGGCAACAACGCCAACGAGUGGGACGCCUUCCGCUUCUCCAGACCACGCGAGCAGUAUAUCGAAGAAGUUCAAGCAGCCGGCGGAGAUGCAGAUCGACUCGACAGAGUCCUCGAGCAGAAGAACCAGGGCCUCAUCGCUACCGGAGCUGACUUCCUCUCCUUUGGGCACGGAAGACAUAGUUGUCCUGGGCGAUUCUUUGCCAGCCAGGAGAUGAAGCUGAUGUUGGCGCAUAUCGUCAUGAAUUAUGAGAUUGAGGUGGUUGGUGGGGAGAGACCGCCGAACAUGCUGAUGAAUGGGGCUUGUAUCCCGAGCCAGACGGCGGAGUUGAGGGUUAAGCUGAGGUCUGGGAAGGCUUAG